UAAGUACAUCGCAUCUGAACAUCAGUGGUGGCUUAGGGGCAAAUCCAUCUUUCAUACAAAUAUCCACAAUGGAAAUGAAUCGGAGUUGAUAGAAAACACUGCCCAAGAAUGGAGUGUCUGGGCCCUAACUGAAGAUCAUCUGGUCCUAUCCCUCUGAAAGAGGCAGAACUUCCAUCCCCCAGGAUAACUAAACUUUGUUUCCUAGCACAUUCCACCAACCAUCUGAAGUAUCGUAAUGAAAAUCAGAACCACCACAGAAGACACUAUUUUUUCCACCUUUCAAGCUGCAUUGUUAGAAGUCCUUUUGGAGAAGGAGCCCCUCUGAUUAGAUUUCUCUUGACCCUAAAGUGAAGAAAAUUUCUCCUGAUAAAGAACUAGAGAUUUGUCUAGAUCAAUCACUGCAGGUCUCUGAAUAAACGCUAUAUACACUUGGUUUUUUUUUGACACAUGUUUCAGGCCACAUCUACCCUACAAUGGCCAUUAAUUCAUUGUGGGGUUCUGCAGUCAUGGUUGGGAUAUAGAGAUGAGACACAUUUAGAAACACUUUUGGACCAUAACCAAGAGAAAUGAUCAAUAAGCUCUUCUCUCCCAUUGGUCAGAACACAUGUAUUUUGAUUUAGACUGCAACACAUUCUAUUUUUCCAAUUUUUUUUUUCCUAAAUAAAUGAGCAUGAAACCAGGGUGGACUCACUGAACGUUCCCCAGUUUUGGUAAGAGAAUGUACCUAGAAGCGUUCAGGUAAGAGAAAGCCAAGUAGAAAGGCUCUGCCAUCAAUCUCACUAACAGGUAAUCAAGAAUUAAUUUAACUUGUCAGUGAUCUGGGUUUGUUUUUGUUUGUUUUUAAAUCUCAGUUAUAUUCUCUUCCUUAGGCUAAAUCAGAGAGAGAUUGGGAUAGCCCCUUAAGUAGUUGGGUAAGUUUGUGGGGAAAUCUGUGUUUUAAUGAUGAAAAGCCCUGUAAACUCAAUCUGCUUGGCUCACUUUGUGAAAAAUUUUCCACGGGACUUGAGGUCUAAGCCUUGGUUUCCCUGUGAAUCCCGAGAUGACACCAGGUGCCUAUCACAAGAUGGCACCAAUGAGCUAUAGAAGAAGGUAGUGUAGCUGGGACCUCCGAUCUUUUCUCCCACCUCUUCCCCUCAAACCUCAUCUCUCCUGCUUCCAGCUUCCACUCAACAAGGCAGAAAACAAUUCAUGCUAUUAUUGCUGGGAAAGGAAAAGAUUAAUGAUGGACGUUUCUUAAGAAGCCAGCACCGACUGGAAGGACGCAUGCAUUCUCCUAAAACAGGAAUAGAGUUUGCUCAGUGUACUCAGGGGCCCCUCCCUCCUGCUGCUAGCUCCUUUUUCUGGGUGACUGCCCGGAAGGCCUCUGCCUUGGGGUUUCAUCUUCUUCCCCUCUCUUGGGGAGCCUGCAUCCUAGGCGGGAGGCGGUUAAGGCUUCUGGCUGCUCUGCCAUAGGGCCAUCUGUGUUUGAUCAGUCCAGGCAGAAAGGAGCGGGUGGGGGCUGUAAGGAGACUGUGAAAGCAUUCCAGAGUAGUGAGAGAGACCCGAGAUGCAGAAAGAGAGAAGGCACCGCCCCCACCCCGCCUCCAAAGCUAAGCCGCGGGCUUGAGUGGAAAAGGCACGGGACCUCACACUCCUACUCCGGCCCCGUUCUGCUGCCAUGGGGCCCUGCACGCCUCUUGUCACCUUGUUCCUUUUGUCAUGGCUGCAACCCCUUCAAGGACAGCAGCACCACCUUGUGGAGUACAUGGAACGCCGACUAGCUGCCUUGGAGGAACGGCUGGCCCAGUGCCAGGACCAAAGUAGCCGGCAUGCCGCUGAGCUGAGAGACUUCAAGAACAAGAUGUUGCCGCUGCUGGAGGUGGCCGAGAAGGAGCGUGAGGCCCUCAGGACUGAGGCUGACAGCAUUUCGGGGAGAGUGGACCGUCUGGAGCGGGAGGUUGACUAUCUGGAGACCCAGAACCCAGCUCUCCCCUGUGUGGAAGUUGAUGAGAAGGUGACCGGAGGCCCUGGGAUCAAAGGCAAGGGCAGAAGAAACGAGAAGUACGAUAUGCUGACAGACUGUGGCUACACCAUCUCUCAGGUGAGAUCAAUGAAGAUCCUGAAGCGGUUCGGUGGCCCGGCUGGUCUAUGGACCAAGGAUCCAAUGGGGCCGACAGAGAAGAUCUACGUAUUAGAUGGGACACAGAAUGACACAGCCUUUGUCUUCCCAAGGCUGCGGGACUUCACCCUCGCCAUGGCUGCCCGGAAAGCUUCCCGGGUCCGGGUGCCCUUCCCCUGGGUAGGCACGGGGCAGCUGGUGUAUGGUGGCUUUCUUUAUUAUGCCCGGAGGCCGCCUGGAGGACCUGGAGGGGGAGGUGAGCUGGAGAACACUUUGCAGCUCAUCAAAUUCCACUUGGCAAACCGGACCGUGGUGGACAGCUCGGUGUUCCCGGCAGAGGGUUUGAUCCCCCCGUACGGGCUGACGGCAGACACGUACAUCGACCUGGCUGCUGACGAGGAGGGCCUUUGGGCUGUCUAUGCCACUCGGGAAGAUGACAGGCACUUGUGCCUGGCCAAGUUAGACCCUCAGACCCUGGACACCGAGCAGCAGUGGGACACCCCAUGUCCCAGAGAGAAUGCUGAGGCUGCCUUUGUCAUCUGUGGGACACUGUACGUUGUCUAUAACACCCGCCCUGCCAGCCGCGCCCGCAUCCAGUGCUCCUUUGAUGCCAGCGGCACCCUGACUCCCGAAAGGGCGGCACUCCCGUAUUUCCCCCGCCGAUAUGGGGCCCAUGCCAGCCUCCGUUACAACCCCCGGGAGCGCCAGCUCUACGCCUGGGAUGAUGGCUACCAGAUCGUCUAUAAGCUGGAGAUGAGAAGGAAAGAGGAAGAAGUCUGAGCACCUAGCUCUGGUGGUUGAAUCUCCCUCACGUCUACACAUUUCUGUCCCUGCGACAUUUCCUGCUCCUCGUCCAGAUGUGGGCAACUUGCAGUUUGGGGCCCAUAAACGCAGCCAAUGGAAGCCAGAUUCUCAUAGCCCCUCCGUUUCCUGUGGGACCUUAGAUCUCGAGAGAUCUUUUCAAAGCUGAAAGAGAGAAAACCCUAAGUGUUGCUCCCCUCCUGCCCCCUGGCAAUGAAUUUCAGGCCAAAGGCCACGCAGACCCAGAGCUCUGACCCUCCUUUGGGGGCAGCCCCAGCAAACGGGCAACAGAAUAUUUCUUGCCUCAGUGCAAGUCCCGUGGAGGGAGAGAGUUCUAGGAGGAGGAGACCUUAGCUCUCUGCCCUUUCCUUUUAGUGCCCCGGAGAAUGGGGGCUUUCUCCACAUCAUUUUGUAUUGCAAGGUUUUGCAUUAAAAGGAAAAUCCACUGCU